AUGUCUCCGUCUCUGAGAACUUCUCAGGGAUACUGUCAAGACAUGGAAGUCAUCAAGUCAAGGAAGCAAGACACAAGAGGUCUGCAGGCCUUUGCGAGAAAUCAGCUGACAUCAGUGUAUGGACAAGCACAUACCAUUCACAUCGUGACAGUACUUACCAUUGUCAUUGGGUCAGAUACAGAAGAGAGGUACCUGAGUUGUUCAUGCUGCCAGCCCUCCUGUGCCUGUGCCACCAGAGCCAGCUUCUCCAGCUCUGCCCCGACUCAGUUUUCUACCACUGUGCAGAUCCCUUACCCCAAGUUCAUUUAUGGUACUGUCUUGGAAACACUACCAGGACCAAAAAGCAUCCUCAUAGUGGGUCUCUCCACUUUGCUGAAUCGCUUCUACACACAGAACUGCAAGACACCGUGUCUCCCAAAUGCCAAGUGUGAAGUGCUGGACGAAGUGGCAGCCUGCUUCUGCAGUACGGGCUACACUGGCAAUGGCAUCACGAUUUGUGAAGAUGUAGACGAGUGCAACGAGACCUCCGUCUGCGGUGAUCACGCUGCGUGUGAAAACACGAACGGAGGAUUUAGCUGCUUCUGCAUGGAAGGUUAUCAGACCUCCACGGGGAAGACGCAGUUCACGCCUAAUGAUGGCUCUUACUGCCAAGAUGUAGACGAGUGCAACGAGACCUCCGUCUGCGGUGAUCACGCUGCGUGUGAAAACACGAACGGAGGAUUUAGCUGCUUCUGCAUGGAAGGUUAUCAGACCUCCACCGGGAAGACGCAGUUCACGCCUAAUGAUGGCUCUUACUGCCAAGAAAUUGUGAAUUCAAAUUGCCACUUAGAGCAUGACUGCAUUGCUGCAAACAUUAAUAAAACUCUAAAAAGAAUUGGACCCAUAACAGAACAGCUCACUUUACUCCAUGAAAUCUACAAGAAUUCUGAGGCUGAGCUUUCUCUGGUGGAUAUAGUCACAUACAUAGAGAUACUAACAGAAUCAUCCUCACUACAAGGCUACAUAAAGAACACCACUUCGCCCAAGGAUGCCUACUUCGGUUCAGCUCUUACUGAAUUUGGAAAAACCGUCAAUAAUUUUGUUGAAAAGAACACACAUGACAUGUGGGACCAGUUACCUACAAAUCGUAGAAGACUCCAUCUCACAAAACUGAUGCACGCUGCUGAGCACGUCACCUUACAGAUCUCUCAGAACAUCCAGAAGAAUACUCAGUUUGACAUGAAUUCUACCGACUUGGCUCUCAAGGUUUUCGUUUUUGAUUCAGUUCACAUGAAGCAUACUCAUCCCCAUAUGAAUGUGGACGGAGGCUAUGUAAAAAUAUCCCCGAGGAGAAAAUCUGCAUAUGACCCAAAUGGCAAUGUCAUUGUUGCAUUCCUGUGCUAUAGGAGCAUUGGCCCCUUGCUUUCCUCGUCUGACGACUUCUUACUGGACGCUCAGAGUGACAAUUCCAAAGGAAAGGAGAAGGUCAUUUCUUCAGUGAUUUCUGCCUCAAUUAGCUCAAACCCACCCACACUGUAUGAACUUGAAAAAAUUACGUUUACACUGAGUCAUGUAAAGCUCUCAGAUAAGCACCAGACACAGUGCGCCUUUUGGAACUACUCAGUCGAUGACAUGAACAAUGGCAGCUGGUCAUCUGAGGGCUGUGAGCUGACAUACUCCAACGACACCCAUACUUCCUGCCGCUGUAGUCACCUGACACACUUUGCGAUUUUGAUGUCCCCCAGUACCUCCAUUGGAGUUAAAGAUUAUAAUAUCCUGACGAGGAUCACUCAGCUCGGAAUAAUCAUCUCCCUGAUCUGCCUCGCCAUAUGCAUUUUCACCUUCUGGUUCUUCAGUGAGAUUCAGAGCACCAGGACCACAAUCCACAAGAAUCUCUGCUGCAGCCUCUUUCUUGCACAACUAGUUUUUCUUAUCGGCAUCAACAUAAACACAAACAAGCUGGUCUGCUCUAUCAUCGCUGGCCUGCUCCAUUACUUCUUCUUAGCUGCCUUUGCCUGGAUGUGCAUUGAAGGCAUCUACCUAUACCUCAUCGUUGUUGGGCUCAUCUAUAACAAGGGGUUUUUACACAAGAACUUCUAUAUCUUUGGCUAUCUUAGCCCGGCUGUAGUUGUUGGAUUCUCGGCCUCUUUGGGAUACAGAUAUUACGGUACCACCAAAGUAUGUUGGUUGAGCACUGAAAACAACUUUAUCUGGAGCUUCAUAGGGCCAGCGUGUCUAAUCAUUCUUUUUGGCGUCUGUGGUGUGGCCCUGAAGAGGAAAGCCCUGAUGGUGUUGGUAGAUCCACGGAGUCACUAG